CGCUUAAAACGUGUUUACAUUUCGUUUGGUUUCGGUAUUUAAACCGUAAUUACAAUCAAAUCUGUGUUUUAAAUAUGUUUGUAAUGUUCACGUGACUAAUCAUGGGAUCAAUUAGUGGUGAUGUGUUGUCCGGACUGAGGCGCCGGCAGUUGUAUUCAACGAUAUAUGCGUUGAAACGCGAAGUCAAUUGUUUGUCAACAGAUCUCAUGAGAUAUCAAUUGAUUUCAAGGAAAUGCGAAAACUAUUUAACAGAUCUGCGAAAUGUUGGACACGUUUGCAGCGGUUUUGAUCACCGCUUAAGACUCGAGUCGUUGACACUAGAGAUCAAUGUAUUGAAGGACACGAAGAGUUGUUUCAUUUUAAUGCAAAACCACUUACAGGUGUUCAAUGAUUUUCUCGCAAACCAUACCGAUCGCAUGAGUCAGUCAAUCGGUUCCCAAUCCAUGCGUCAGUUGAUGUCCAGAAGACCGAACAAAACCCGAGGCAAUGAGCACUUAAUUAGAGCUCAAAUCAGGGAUCAGAUUAGCAGAGAGUUAACGAAAAGA